AUGUCCGCACGUAUCGAAUGCAACAUUGACGUCGCUUCUCUCUAUAGCUACAUUGCCUACGUCGACCUGAUGGGCAAUCUAGACAAGUUGAGAUCCCACGGAGUAGAAGUAGAAUUCCACCCGAUUCUCAUUGCCGGCAUCAACAAACUAUCUGGCAACAAACCGCCGUGGCUGCUCCCCGCCAAGGCCAAGUACAUCGACUCCGACGUCAGGCGCGCCGCCAGCCGUCUGGGCAUGCCCGCGCCCGUCACGCCGGACAGCUUCUUGGAGACCCGGAGCUUCACGGCCUCGCCCCAGCGCGCCAUGCUCUACGUCAAGGCCAACUACCCGGCUCGGACCUUCCACGCGGUCCUCGCCCGUCUGUUCAGCGCCAUGUGGAUCCCCCCCCACGUCAACGUCUGCUCGGACGAGGGGCUGGCCCGGGUGCUGGCCGAGGCCGUGGCGUCCGACGGGGAGCCGGUCUUUACCGACCACGAUGUGCGCGCCGUUCUGGACGGCAGGGCCGGCUUGAAGGAUAGCCUGGCGAGCCAGACGAACAAGGCCGUCGACCAGGGUGCCUUUGGUGCUCCGUGGUUUUGGGUGACGAACGCCAAGGGGGAGACUGAUGGGUUCUUUGGAAGUGACAGGUGA